GAAGGGGUUCUUUAAAUGUUUACAUUGGCGGCAAGCUUUAGCGUAACUAGCCUAGCUAGCCUAAGAGGCAUGGCGAUGCAUUGUUUAUGUAGAAAAAUAUCCACAAUAAAGAAGCAUCAUGUACUUUUCCAGUCUCUUUGCACCAAACAAAAUGCUUUUGAUGUUGUUGUUGUUGGAGGGGGCCAUGCAGGCACCGAAGCCUGUGCAGCAGCUGCUAGGAUGGGAGCCAGGACCCUCUUGAUUACCCAUAAGAAGUCCACUAUAGGUGAGAUGUCCUGCAACCCAUCUUUUGGUGGCAUUGGAAAAGGCCAUUUGAUGAAAGAAGUUGAUGCACUGGAUGGCCUGUGUGGUCGUGUGUGUGAUUUAUCCGGGGUCCAUUAUAAGGUGCUGAAUAAACGAAAAGGGCCAGCAGUGUGGGGGCCUCGUGCUCAGAUUGACCGUCGGCUUUACAAAAAACACAUGCAGUCUGAGCUAUUCAAGACCCCUAAUCUCUCUAUCAUAGAAGGAUCUGUAGAGAACCUAAUGUUGGGAGAACCUAAAGUGUCUGAUUCUUCUAAGGAAGGGAAUGGUAAUCAAGUGAGGUGUCAAGGAGUAAUACUUGAAGAUGGGCAGGAAAUUUCGUGCCGGAGUAUUGUGAUAACAACAGGCACAUUUUUGAGAGGAUCCAUUAACAUUGGUUUAGAUGUCCGUCCUGCUGGCAGGAUGGGUGAUGCAUCUGCUGUAGGCUUGGCAAAAACACUAGAAAGACUUCAGUUUAAAUUAGGAAGAUUAAAAACAGGAACACCACCAAGAAUAGCUAAGAAUACAGUUGACUUUUCUCAGUGUCUCAUUCAAGAGGCGGAUGACCCUCCAGUGCCAUUUUCAUUUCUAAAUGAUAAAGUUUGGAUAAAUCCUUCUGACCAAUUGCUGUGCCAUCUGACUUACACAACUCCUGAAGUAGAAACCAUUGUGCGUGAAACACUGCAUCAAAAUCGUCAUGUGCAAGAAGAAACAACUGGUCCUCGUUACUGCCCUUCAAUUGAAUCAAAAAUUCUUAGGUUUGGAGGCCGUCGGCAUCAAGUAUGGUUAGAGCCAGAAGGUUUAGAUAGUGGUCUCAUAUAUCCACAAGGCUUGUCCUGCACUAUGCCAGGUGAACACCAACAAGCUUUGCUUAGGCUUAUCCCAGGGCUUCAACAUUGUGAAAUGGUCACACCAGGGUAUGGAGUGGAAUAUGAUUAUAUAGAUCCUAGAGAACUUACACCACAGUUAGAAACAUGCCGAAUAUCAGGGUUAUUCUUAGCUGGUCAGAUAAAUGGAACAACUGGUUACGAAGAAGCUGCAGCCCAAGGAAUCAUAGCUGGAAUUAAUGCAGCAGCAAAGGCUCUAGAUAAAAAUGGCAUAACUAUAGACCGAACAGAAGGAUACAUUGGUGUACUGAUAGAUGAUCUCACUACACAAGGCACAUCCGAGCCAUAUCGCAUGUUCACAUCCAGAGCUGAAUUUAGAUUCCAUUUGCGGCCUGAUAAUGCAGAUCUUCGACUAACAGAAAAAGGCUAUAUUUCUGGCUGUGUUUCUGAUGAGAGGUACAAGCACUUAGUUGAAAUGAGGGACCAGCUAACAAGUGGACUUCAGUUGUUAAAAGAUGAUAUUCGCACUUUUAAUAAAUGGGCAUUGCUUUUAGGCAGGCCUCCGCCAAGAUCACCAGUUUUUAAGAGUGCACUUCAGAUUCUAGGCACAUACAACCUGAAUGUGUCUAUUAAGGAAAUAGCACAUGUUGACCCUGUUUAUAAACCCUUCAUUGGUGACCCAAUACUAGAAGAACGGCUGAAGGUUGAAGCUCUCUAUGCUGCACCAGUAGCUGCACAGAGUGAUGAUGUUGAGGCAGUUCGUCGAGAUUAUGCUCUUGAAAUUCCUCGUGAUUUAGACUAUUACAGAUAAGCGUUGUAGGCGUCGUAACCCUGGAACAUGCGUCAGAACCCUGGAAAUAAUUUCUGAUGAAUAUAAUUGAAAAGCGCCUUAACCUUGGAACGUCGUAAGCCGAGCACGUCAUAACCCGGGGACUGCCUGUAGUCAGUUACCUAGUUUGUAACCAAAAUGCGUCUGGCUAUAUGCUGUUGAAUAUUAUGACUCCUUGAAGUGUCUCAUUACAUUCGUAAUUUCUUUAUCCAGGGUUGAAUUAUAUUGAUUAGGCAGUAACCUCUCCUAUUCCGAGAUGCCUCUUCAUCAGUAUUCCGUGCUUCCCUUGACGUUGCUCAUGGGUGGCCAGUCUUUUCAAUUCCUUGUUAUCUGUAUCAGUUCUGUGGUUGAUUUCAAACAUUCAGUCUGUCUACUUACUCUAUCCAUAUAGUACUUCUGGCUCCCUUUAACACUCCUUCCCUUAAUUUCAUCCAAAACCCCCAACCCUUUGCACAUGCCCACAAAAUUGAAGUUUCCUUUUCCCAGUGAUUUUUAUUUCAGUUUCUGCUCACUCUUUCUAAUUUUUUUAAAAUUUAUUUUUUCCCUCUAAGACACCUCCAGACUGUUUCACAUCUACAUUUUUGUUACUCAGUUUCUGUUUCUUGCUCUUACUAAGAUAAUUGUCUCCCAUCCAUGCAGCAAAAUGGAUCAGAUGUAUUUUUCACCAUUAAUUCGAUACUCUGGAUUGGCCGAUUCCUGUUUUUCAAGAAAUUUCAUUUCAUUAAAUGAACUCUGAUAUUAUGCAACCCUUUCCCAUGUUUGGUCUAUUGUUUAGAACUAAAUGAUUUUGAUUUGAGCUAGCACUUAAAAAAGAGGUUGUUCCAUAGAAUCUCAUUAAACUAUUCCAAUGUAAACAAAACAAAAUUUUCUUUUCCUAAUUUUUCUUUACAUUUUUCAAGUGCAAUCACAUAAAAACCAAGCUGUAUGUCACUAGAUAGGACAUUUAUUUAAAUUUUUCAUGAUGCAAAAAAGAGUAGAAUUCUCUAUUAGUGUUUAAAAAAAUAUUUACAAAAUAACUAAAUUUCUCUUCAUGGAGAACUUCAAUGGUGACUAUAAAAUUGUCUUCAGCAUGAGGUUCAGGAAUGGUUCUUGAAGUGGCUCAUGUGGAUAGGUCACGGUUUUACAUUUUCACAAACACCGUAAUAAAAUAUAAUACAGGGUGUCCAUAAAGUCUCAAUACCAUUACAAGUAAUAAAUACUUGGAAUGGUACUGGAUCUUUAGGGACACCUUGUACUAUAAUCAUUUGGAUUUAAGUACACCAAGAUCAGCAUUCUAUCUUGAAAAAGAAGAAAAGGAAAUUUACAGUCAAAGUAAAAGAAAAUUCCCUUAACCUCAUAAAUGGUUAGCCAGAAUACUGUUUAAUCAUAGAUGAGUUUUGAACCCCCAAAAACUAAGAGUUAAGUUAAUGUGUAUACAGGCAUUAAUUAUUGUAAUUUGCUAAUUUAAUAUUAUACAACUAU